AUGAGGAAGAGAGGAUUAGUUCCGAGUGUAGCAUGUUAUAAUUAUAUUAUACAUGGGCUUAGCAAGGAUGGUGAUUGUAUGAGAGCUUAUCAGCUAUUAGAGGAAGCUAAAUUCGGAUUCUUGCUUUCUGAGCAUACCUACAAGGUGUUGGUGGAAGCUCUUUGCCAAGUGCUAGAUGUGGACAAGGCAAGGAAAGUUCUUGAACACAUGCUAAGUAGGGAAGGCGUCGACAAGACUAGGAUUUACAACACCUAUUUAAGAGCUCUUUGUAUUGUGAAUAAUCCAACAGAACUCUUAAAUGUGCUUAUGCUCAUACUUCAAAGCCAGUGUCAUGCAGAUGUGAUCACACUUAACACAGUUAUCAAUGGAUUUUGCAAGGUGGGGAGGAUUGAUGAAGCUCUAACGGUAUUACAGGACAUGUUGAGUGGUAAAUUUUCCGCUCCCAAUGUUGUGACCUUCACUACUAUAAUUUCUGGUUUAUUGGACACUGCAAGAGUUGAUGAAGCUGUUGAGUUGCUCCAUAAAGUAAUGCCUGAAAAUGGUGUAAGACCGAGUGUUGCGACUCGCACCAAUAACUUUAAUGAAGCUUGUCAUUUUUUGUAUGAACUGGUAGAUUCUGGGGUGUCUCCAAAUAUAUUUAGUUAUAAUAUUGUGAUCAAUUGUGCUUGCAAUCUAGGUUUGAAAAGGGAGGCUUACCAUAUUGUUAGAGAGAUGAAAAGGAAUAAACUCACACCUGAUUGUGUGACAUGGAGGAUUCUUGACAAGCUACAUGGCAAAGUGAGGACGCACAAUCAUUUUGAAGAUCGAAAUUUGUCAGCACUCUAUGACAGAGCUUCACUUGGUACUUGA